AUGCGGGGGUCGGACGGUCCGCCCAGCUGCUCUUAUCAGCUCGUGCGCGCGCGAUACCGCCGGAAUGCGGCCUCGUCCGCGGAUCGUCGCCGGCCGCGCUGCCCCUCCCCCGUCCCCUCCCCGUGUCCCGGAGAAAGCCCCGCCGGUCCCGCGGGACGGAGGCUGGGGCGUCGCGUCAGUCGCGCGCCGGCGGCUGCGCGCUACACCGGGCUCGAGUGCCGCGUUUAUCAUUGCCCGGAGUACGGAACCUGCCCCACAGAGUGUGUCUUGUGCGACGAAGGCGCAGACCUGACGCGGAAUGGCAGCGGUAAUAAUAAUAGUUUAGUGGCAUGCGGUGCCGGGCCGUCUGCCAGCGCCGUCCAGACCCGCUGCUCGGAUGUGUCCCGGUCUCACUCGCUCGCCGUCCAGACCCGCUGCUCGGAUGUGUCCCGGUCGCACUCGCUCGCCGUCCAGACCCGCUGCUCGGAUGUAUCCCGGUCGCACUCGCUCGCCGUCCAGACCCGCUGCUCGGAUGUAUCCCGGUCGCACUCGCUCGCCGUCCAGACCCGCUGCUCGGAUGUGUCCCGGUCGCACUCGCUCGCCGUCCAGACCCGCUGCUCGGAUGUAUCCCGGUCGCACUCGCUCGCCGUCCAGAUCCGCUGCUCGGAUGUAUCCCGGUCGCACUCGCUCGCCGUCCAGACCCGCUGCUCGGAUGUGUCCCGGUCGCACUCGCUCGCCGUCCAGACCCGCUGCUCGGAUGUAUCCCGGUCGCACUCGCUCGCCGUCCAGACCCGCUGCUCGGAUGUAUCCCGGUCGCACUCGCUCGCCGUCCAGACACGCUGCUCGGAUGUAUCCCGGUCGCACUCGCUCGCCGUCCAGACCCGCUGCUCGGAUGUGUCCCGGUCUCACUCGCUCGCCGUCCAGACCCGCUGCUCGGAUGUGUCCCGGUCGCACUCGCUCGCCGUCCAGACCCGCUGCUCGGAUGUAUCCCGGUCGCACUCGCUCGCCGUCCAGACCCGCUGCUCGGAUGUAUCCCGGUCGCACUCGCUCGCCGUCCAGACCCGCUGCUCGGAUGUGUCCCGGUCGCACUCGCUCGCCGUCCAGACCCGCUGCUCGGAUGUGUUCCGGUCGCACUCGCUCGCCGUCCAGACCCGCUGCUCGGAUGUAUCCCGGUCGCACUCGCUCGCCGUCCAGACCCGCUGCUCGGAUGUGUCCCGGUCGCACUCGCUCGCCGUCCAGACCCGCUGCUCGGAUGUAUCCCGGUCGCACUCGCUCGCCGUCCAGACCCGCUGCUCGGAUGUAUCCCGGUCGCACUCGCUCGCCGUCCAGACACGCUGCUCGGAUGUAUCCCGGUCGCACUCGCUCGCCGUCCAGACCCGCUGCUCGGAUGUGUCCUGGUCGCACUCGUAUAUCUGUUAG